CCGAACAGGUGUAAACGAGCCAUCACACGGCGGGACACUACAAAGAGGUUCACCACAAAAAACCACCACGCGUGCCAUUCUUGUUUCUCUCACACGAUGUAGCCAGAAAAUAGAGAUGUUUUCCUGGAGAAAUUUCAAGGACUAAGAAAGAGCGAUUUUGAAUCCGGAGUUAUCAACAUGUCCGGUGGCGUUACGGAGCUGCAGAGGCAGCUCAUUCUUGCCUUGGUGCACUCGGGGCUGGAUAAAACAGAGUUGAUCCGCGAGGUCUCCAUGGCCUAUCCAGCCACGGGGAUCGGGACGGACCGCAACGGGGAGAUGCGUCCAAACCACGGCGUGAGUGCCGGCGAGAGCUCGGCGGCCGUGACCGUUACGGCGAACGCGUCGCCGGUGAUACGGAACGCUGCGGACAGCGCCGCGCGGGAGCGGGAUGAAGACCACGAAGAUGACGGGCUGAGACAGGGAGGCAGCGGGGACGAGCUCAGCGAAGACGAGCACCGGCAGGGAGAGGAGAACGGAGGCAUGAUGAGUGGAGAUGACUUCGAGGGAAGUGAGCAUACGUUCGACCACUCCAUCGACCCAUCCAGGCCUGUGUCUCUCAAAGAUGAGUUACUAAGGACCGACUCUUGGCAAGUCGCCAAGAUGAUCAAGAAUUACAUGCAGCAGCACAACAUCCCACAGCGGGAGGUAGUGGACGCUACAGGGCUCAACCAGAGCCAUCUGUCCCAGCAUCUCAACAAGGGCACGCCCAUGAAAGGGGCCAAGCGAGCUGCACUGUACAGUUGGUAUGAGAAGAAACAGCAGGAGAUCAUGCAGCAGUUCACAAACCCAGAGAAGGCCAUCAUGUCUGAUGAUCAAAGGGACACAUCCAGGAGCAAGAAGAUGCGACGGAACCGGUUCAAAUGGGGGCCGGCAUCGCAGCGGAUACUAUAUGAUGCCUACCAGCAGAAUCGAAAUCCUAGCAAGGAAGACAGGGAGAAUCUGGUCGUUCAGUGCAAUGCAGCGGAGUGCAUGCAAAGAGGCGUCUCACCAUCUCAGGUCAGUGGCCUGGGAACCAACUUGGUAACAGAAGUCAGGGUUUACAACUGGUUUGCCAACCGGCGGAAAGAGGAAGCAUUCAAGAACAAACUGGCACUCGAUGCCCAGGGAAUCCAGUACACAAUACCAGGAAACAUGGAUGACGGCAGCAGUCCGGACAUCGUCAUGGCAAACACAAGUGCAGGGUCCGCCACACCCUCAGUCAUCCAGCACAAUGGCCAGCCAGGCAUCAUGGGAGGUUGUCCAAUCACAUCCAUGUCAGCACUGGAGUCCAGCCAAUUACAGCACGCCAUUUACAGCAUGGCGCAACAGCAGAGUGGGAUGAAAACCAGCCCUGCUACCCACCCCUCCCACAUGGUAACCAUGCCGACAUCUACCAAACUGCCUCUGGUCAGCUCGCUGCCAACGGUGACCAAUUACAACCAGGCGCCAUCCCGGCUGAGUCUACAAAGCAUGGUGUACACAAUGCAGCAGGGUCAUUCACAGCAGCAGCAGCAACAGCAGCAACAGCAACAACAACAACAACAGGUGCACUCCCACAGCCGACAACCCUCGCAGAUGGUGCAGAUGCUACAAGGAACACAAGGACAAAACACAGCUGCCGUGAUACAGUCCCACAGUCCAGCAGUCAGCGUUCACCGGCUCACCACUCUCAAUUCCACCACCCAGCCUGACCAUCACCCUCCCCACUAUACGGUGGCCUCACGGCAAGCGGCACAACGCAGAUCCCAGCAGCAGCAGCAGCAACAACAGCAGCAACAACAGCAACAACAACAACAACAGGGACAACAGCAACACCAGCAGCACCAACAGCAGCAGAUGGCACAGAUCCAGCAACUGCAGAAUCUCAUCGAGCCCAGCUUCCUACAGCAGCUCAGUCAAGUCAUGAACCAGCCCAAGGAGAUCCAGUUGAACCUGCCCCAGUCCCACCACCAUCAGCACCAGUCGCCCCAUCACCUCCACCAGGAGGUCACCAUCCCCGUCAAUGUCUCCGGCGGGGCCGUCACCAUGACCACGUUGGCCACCCUCAGCCCCAUCAAGAUCUCCGACAUGGCCGAGCUGCCCAUGGGCGCGCUGCAGCCGGCCGCCAAGCCGGCCCGGGAGGCUGGCAACAUCACCAUUGUCUCCACGCCACCCGGCUCAACUGCGGCCGAGGACAUGGAAGACUCCAAGGCUGGUGUGAUCCUCGGGCGGGCAGCAGGCGGCCGCUAUGUCCGCCUCUGACGUUGAUGGCAAAGGUAAACCAUUCUGCUAUCAAUAUUACUCCCCUCUGGAUUUACAAUAGCCAAAUACUACGACCUAUUACCACUUUUGUGGCAAGUAGAAAUGGGUUGACAUGAACCAGGUACCAUAAAGAUGUAAACUUUACAAUCAAGUUGUAUGUUCUUUCUCACUUGAAAUGGUCAUCAGUAACCUCUGCACACACAAUUGAAAUCUACUUUAGCAUGAUGUGUAGCCUGAAUUAUAUUUAAAGAUGUGUUGGAAGAAAUCUUUUAAAAAGUUUCUAUCUCAUUGCCUUAAAGUUACUAAGUUGUAAGUUGGUUACAGAUACUCAAUCUAAUAAUUUGGAAUGAUUACCUGACACCAUCGGAUGGGUACCUGGUUCUGGUAUACAUGUACACAACCCUAUUGGUUAAAACUCUCUGCACUAACCACAACGGCAUUUUUAAUAUUGAACAAUAUGUGGUGUGACUUCUGAGCAAUGGUUCUUUUUUUCCCAAGAGUGUCAAAAUGAGAGAGCUAAAGCAAGGCUAAUGUUCAUAAAAUUGGCCGUUAACAGAAGAAAAGGAGUUUUUAUGAUUCUCAACUUCCUUGCAGAGAACAUGUGCUUUUGCUGUGAACAGGUAAAUUGCUUGCUCUCAUAUUUCCAUUUGGAAUUUUUGUUUUCAUGAUUUGUACAAGUUAGUUUUGAAUAUAUACAUGAACAGUUCAUGAAUGUCAGAUUCUUCUAUCAAUUUGUCUCCCCAAAACAUUAAAAUCCCGUGAAAUUGUGUACAAACCAUCAGCAUUAUUUGAUAAUGACAUUGUAAUAAACCGUCCUGAGAAAUGAAUAUUUUGUGAAAAGCUAAUUUUUACUGCUAUAUAUUUCCAUUCCAAGAUGACCGUCUGGCACAAAAAGGUUCCUUUACAAUUUAAUUUUGGUUUGUUCGGAUGAAAUAAAAGUUUGUAUUUAUGGUGCUAGCAUAACGUCAUACUUUUAAGAAAAGUUUUUCCUUUAUGGCUACUGAGGUGUACAUAUUCUAGCUGUAAAUACAUAUAUGGUGCAUGUGAAAAAAAGUUGAGAGUUUUAUCUGAUUAUCUUUUACCUCCUUCAUGGUUGUAGAUUACUGCAGAUUGUAAAGAUUCAUUUUCCGGACAAUGCUUUUAUCAAAAUUUUCAUAUAUUGCAUGCCUACAACCCAAAUUCCCAAUCACUCUUAAAAACUUUAAUCAGCCUUUUGUUUUACACAUUACCUUGGGUAGUAACAUAUUUUUCAACAGGCCAUUUGCAAGUUAAAUUUGAAUAAAAUUUGGUACACUGAUUGCACAGAAACAUAACAAUUUCAAUUCUCCAGACUGAAGACGCUGUUGCUAUGCCUCGUGAUUUGUGGCAACCUUUUGCACAGCCACAACCAUCUCUGGCAUGAACUGGUUCCUGAGUACCCUUCUUACUUACAUGUAUUUAGAACAGUGUGUCAUUGCAAGGUACCUCUUAUGUAACUAAACAAAAACUUGCCCUGAAUCACAAGGCAUAGAAACAGUAGUUUAAGUAUGGGGAAUUCAA